AUGAAAGAUGUAUUUCUGCCACGCCUGUUGGGGGCAGUCAAGGAAGCAUGGAAAAUGUGGCUUGUUCAGAACAUUCCAUACAGCAUACUUGCAUCAGUAAUCUUGGUACGUCUGUUUCAUAUGUAGAAGAUUAUCAUGAAAUGGGAGAGCAAAUUAACUCUCUGGACACUUGCUCUGGUACUGAUUCAGCUGUUUCCUCCUUGCCUGAAAAAAAUAGAGUCAAGUGAAUAUUCAUGUGGAGAACAUCAUGCAGGGCAUGAUUCUGCUACAUCCCUUUUAAGCAGUCAGGGAAGCCAAGAUAGUAAUAGUUCACAGAAAAUAUCACAGACUUCUAGUACAGGUACCUCAGAAUGUCACAAUUCUGGCUUAUCUAAUUCAGAUGUGGAGGGUGAGGUUCAUAAAGUGGAGGUGCAAGAUGAGCUGGACACGAGUCCUUGUAUUAAUUCAGCUGCUUCCUCUUCUAAAGUGAGUACAGUAGAGAUGAGUGAAUGUUCAGAUGAUGUAAAUCACUCAGUUUGUGACUCUGCCUUAUACCUUGGGAGUAGUCAAGGAAGCUCUGACUUAGCAGAUUGUUCACAAACUACAUCAUUGCAAAGUACGUGCAUCCCAAAUUGUGAUUCUUUGUCUCAUUCAGUUGUAAAUGGUGAGGUUCAUGAAAUUAUGGAUACUUGCUCUUCAGCAGAUGACAAUUGUGCAAGUGGCUGCUCAUUGCUGCUGUCAGAUAACACAGAUGAAAGAAGCAUUUCUGGCAGCCAAAUAGCUGCCACUUCACCCCGAGUCAUUGUGGCUUCUGAUCGUAGCUGUGAUACUGAAGAAAUGGGGCAAACCUGCUCAACUUCAUCUUCGCAGCAGCUUCCUGAAAACAUUAAAGAUAAUGUGCACAGCUCCAUGGAAAAUGCAGAAGCACAAGUAGCUGGGUCAUGUGAUACACCAAGAGGAUCAGUACUCCAGGAAAAACCUUUUGAGGAAAAUGACUGUCAUGUAAAAUUAAGUAGCUCAUGUCAAACUGUUUGGAAGUGCUCAUCUUCUGGUGAGGCACUACCUUCUGAAGGAUGGAGUGAGCAUGGAAGGGAGUCUAAGACUGCAUAUACUGCUACUGCAGGUGCUGCUGAAGUGUUAGAAUGCAGGCCGUCUGUUGAGAUGGAAGGUGAAUGCUGCUUGGAAAGAGAAAAUUCCAUCGUGUUGCCUUUAAAAAGAAAAAGAUCCAAUGAGGAGUGUGAUUUUGCAUGUACACCUGUACCUCCUGUUUCCUCCGUUUCUGAAGAUGAAGCGAGUCUGGAAAUUACACGUGAGACGGCAGAAGAAGAAUGCAGCAACCUCUCCCAGUCCUAUAUAACAAAGAACAACUUAACUGAAAGUGAAAUGCAUUAUCUGGAUUAUAAAAAGGAAAAGACGUCGCUAUCUUCAGCAAAUGAAUGUGUAAAUACUAGUAGAUCUGCAUAUGAAGUGCAUAAGGUAAUCGAAGUUAUUGUGAUUGAUAGCAGCGAUGAGGAAGAAACUGAAGACAGUGAAGCAGAAGAUGGUAAAAAGGGCAGGCUGAAUAUCAAAGCAGAAGUAGACUCUGAUUUGGAUGAGGAUGGCUCUGGAAGUUGCAGGGAAAUGGAGAGAUCCGCUUACUCAUCAAGCAAUGUCCAGGGAUAUGGCAUGUCAAGUAAUAUCUUGGAGCUUCAGAAUGGUAGAAGAAAUGGUGAUUGUGUCCGGGAUGCUGAUGGAACAAGAUCACAGCCUGUGUUUACGAGCAGUAGUCAACCUGGUGCUCACUGUUCAGGCUUUGAAAAAUCUAUAAGCAACCUGAAAACAGAGGCUUAUUCUUCCACUAAUCCCCCUCAUACUGCAGAUGAGAACUCAAGUUCAUUAUUAGACUCAGACUCUCAAAAUAAUUCUUGUCCUAGAAAUCUUUCUCCAGUUUUUGAACCACAGUACUCUUUACAAACAUCACAUUCAACUGAACUACCUUCAUUAGCCCACCAGCCACAUGUCAUUCAAGCUCCGCAGAACAGCAUUCAGAACAUCCAGGAACUUAUGAACUAUAAAAUUCAUGAUAAACUGCAGUUGCCAGUUGAGUUUGAUGAUGAUGAUGAUGAUGAUUUUAACAUAAGUAUGGGGGAUUUGGAUAAAGUUUACUCUUCUGAUGAAGAUGGUACUGGCAUCCUCCCUGAUGGCAUAAACAGUUCUGUUGGCAGUGUGUGUAGUAAUCAGUUUGUUCAACAUUCCAAUGCAGAGCAUAGUUAUGCUACUUGUUCAAAUGGAGAAGAACCUGUUGUAAAAACUAAACAUGCUGGGAGUAGUUCAAAAAGUGUUGCGAAUGACAGUAGUAGCAUUGCUCCAGAUUUACCUGGAAAUAAUAGAUGCUGGGCAGUCUCUGAACAUGAUGUUGUUCAUCAGAUGCAGGAAUGUAACUCUGUUCUCAAGGCCAUUGAAAAUUCCCUCUUGGCAGUUGAAGGGAUUGACAAAUCUCACAUGGAUCAGUGGCGGGACCAAAUUACUGAGCUGCUAAAGCAGACAGUCUCUCCGAAGACUUACAUUGCAGUUGUUGGAGACACUGGAGCAGGUAAAAGCUGCUUACUUAAUGCUCUGCUAGAUGAGGAGGCUUUGCUGCCUACUUCUGCUAUGAGGGCCUGCACUGCAUCAGUUGUGGAAGUGUCCUGCAAUUUGGAGAACCAGAGCUAUGAAGCUGAUGUGGAGUUCCUCACUGAGGAGGAAUGGUAUAAGGAGCUGGAAGCACUUAUAAAAGACCUUAAAGACAAGCAUGGGAAUUUCAGAAAACGUCUUGAUCCAAAGAGCGAAGCUGGAGUUGCUUUAAGCCGUGUAAAGGCUGUAUAUGGUAGUAUUGCUGAAGUUGAGCAACUAAAACAGAUCCAGGAUGUUACAAAGUUCCUGGGGAAGACGCAUCACAUCACAGAAAAAAAGGUUACAGAAUUCCGCAGUAAGAUUGAACGGUUCAUCGAUUCUUCAGCUGAUAGUGCCAAAGGUAGAAAAGGUGGAGAAUACUGGCCCAUUGUAAAACGUGUUCAACUGCGUGUUCCCACAGCUGAUGUUCUGAGGAGUGGAGCUGUACUGGUUGACCUUCCCGGAAUAAAAGAUUCCAAUGCCGCUAGGAAUAGUGUGGCUAAAGAAUAUUUGAAGACUUGCAGUGCUGUGUGGGUUGUAGCCAACAUCACUAGAGCUGUUGAUGACAAGACUGCUAAGGACAUGCUGAAUGAAAGUCUACGGACCCAACUCUUUAUGGAUGGUCAAUAUGGAAGGAUUGCAUUUAUCUGCACAAAGACGGACUGUUUCAGUGUUAGUGAAAUUUGCAGGGCAGUCCACAUAAAUGACCGAAUCCAGCCCCUAGAAGAUGAGAAUGCUGAACUAGAGAAGCGGAUAAACCAGAUUAAGACUGCAAAGGAGAUGCUUUAUAGCAAGCUUGAGGAACAGAACAUAAAAGACGACACUGGAAAGGGUCCAGAUUGUCAUGCCAAUGAGCUGAGAAAUGCCAUUCUGGAGAAAGAUAUAAUGAUGAACAGCCUUCAAAGAAAAGUGCAGUCUAAUUGCCAAGCUGUUGCAGUGGAAUGUGUAAAAGCCCGCAAUAAGUAUUCAAAAAAGCAGAUUCAGAUGGAUUUCAUAUGUGGAAUGCAAGAAAUCAAAAGAGCUUCUAACGAAGAUGAUGAUGGUAGUGAUGAGGAUGAUCUGAUGUCUGUUGCAUCCGAAGAUUUUGGCUUGGAUUCCAUCUUUGAAGAAAGUAGAAAACUGCCUGUUUUUACAGUCAGCUCCAAAGAGUAUUUGAAGUUGCGAGGCAAACUACCGAGAGAAGGGCCACCUCAAGUAUUUAACUCUAUGGAGGACACAGAAAUCCCUGCUCUGAAAAACUUUACAAUUAAGACUGCAAUGAAGCAAAGUGUAGUUACUGCUGAGAAGUUGAUUCGAAGUGUGACAUCGUUCAUUAGCCAUGUGGUUACAUAUCUUACCAAUCAGCGGGCACAGGAUGAAUCUUUUCAAGCACGGAUCAGAGAAACUGUGAAAACCUGUUUAUCCAGAGUGAAAAAAAUACUGCAGGAGGCAGUUUCUGAAUGUAACAAGAGUGUUGAGAAAGCUUUUUUAGUUGUGAUCAGCACCCAUGUGAGCAUGGGAGUUAAGAGGGCUGUCGCAGCCUGUGAGGAAACUGCUAAGACCUGGGCAUCACCAGAUAAACCAGGUAAAUAUCCUUAUGCAACCUACCGAGCCAUCUGUGUUCGACAAGGUGUGUACACAUCUCGUGCGUUUGGGCACAUUGACUUGAAUGAGGAGUUGAUACAGCCAGUGUCCACAACCAUCUCUGUUGUCUGGAAUCAGGUCUUCAGUAAAGAUCUUCCCGAGUACCUGGACAAAUUCAAAACCAACAUGCUACGGAAACUAAAAGAAUUCUUCAGAGAGGUCAAGGGUAAACUGCGUGAAAUGAACAUGAGCACAACAGCAGUAGAAUAUAUUCAGAGGCAGCAGAUGGAAGCAGUUGAAGCAGAGUUAAGUAACUUCAUUAUAGACCUGAAGGACAACAUAAUGCAAAGACAAAGAGACAUUUCUCGUAUCCUUACUCCAUCAGUACAAGUCCAUAUGAGUCCCUGUUUUACAGAAUGCGCAAAGCAGAGCGGUGCUGGCUGUUUCCAAAGAAUGAAAACACACAUGUGUAACUUCAUCCAGACUGAAAAAGUGACCAUGUUUCACUCAGCUGGAGACAAGCUCAUAGAACAACUGACAUUUCUCCAGAAUGAAAUUUGUGGUCGCCUGACAACAGUUUUGGAAGAACUGUGUGAGUCAUUGACUGUUCAAUUUGAGCCAGUGUUGAAGCCUGUGAAGAAAAACAAGGGAGUUAUUCCUGAUUUAGUGCGGAUUUGCAGACAAGUCCGUGAAAUUUGCCAGCGAUCUCACAUUGAAUUUGUGCUUAAUGAUCCAGUAGAGGAACAGGAAGAGGAGGCAUCAAGUUCUACAUCAGGAGCUGUAAAGAUUAAAGUUGAUGCUAAUGAGCUUAACUUUCUUCAGGGGACUUGUGAUAUUGUUAUUGAGGAUGAUACAGCCUGUCUGAAGAAAUACAAGAGCCAUGUACAGAUUACAGGGAAUGGUGUUUACAUAAAAGGUACAAGACAGUUUCCCAGCUUGUGCGUUAAAUUCACUCAUGUUGCUUUCUGUGAAUUUUGCCACUAUAUGUACUAUUUGAGACUUCAUAUAAACCCGUCUUACAUCAACGUUCCUGUGGUUAGAACACACUGUGAUCAAUUAAAUAUGAAUCCUUUAAAGAUUCUGCUAAUUAUGGACAACGUGAACAUAAAUAAUUUCUGCAGGCUGAUGGAAUACAUAUCUAAGAAGCAUGGAGGCCCGCCUUGGUUCCAGAAACUGAACAUGGAGCAAGGAGUCGAUAAGCUGCGUAGGCUGGGUGUAAUUUACCAAUGUAGCGAUAACAAGACAUCGCAGAAAGAAGAACCCACUGUAGUAGCAACGGCUGUGCCAGUUUUCACAUCUUCAUCAGCAUUGUCUUCACAUUCCUCUGUUCCUUGCAGCUACCAGACAUCAAUGCCUGCUGGCACUAUUUUAUAUCCAUUUGGUCGUAAGAGAGGAUCAGAUCCUUUGCAAACUUCAGCAUUAUAUGAUGGUAAAAUCAGAAUAACUUCACAGGGUCCACAUACUGUUUCACAGUCACCUGAAACAAAUAGCAUUUCACUUGUCCAGAGUAACCCUAAUUACCGGGAAAUGCAAACUGUAAUAGGUACAGUUUCAAGAUGGCCAGAUCCAAACAAUAUUCCAUCCACUAGCAGAGGAGAGGUCAGUAGGCUGACUCUCUGGACUCCUACACUGCUUUCAGCAACUACAUCAGAACAAAUAAAGGUUGAGGAAGGCACACAGCGGAAAAUGUCUCACGUUCCAGCUGCUACAGGUUCACUUUAUAUAUCUUCAGGCAGCAUUCAUUUUGAAAAACUAACUGCAAAGAAAGAAAAUGAGAAAUGAAAUGCUGAGGAAAAGAGCAUAGUCCCAGCUAAGUUGACCAAUGCUGUGAAAUAACCCCAGCAACAGCCAAAGUAUUGCUGAACUGUCAUUCAUGUGACAUCCUAUGGACAAUUGUUACUGAACAUUUCUCUUUGAUAAAUGCAUAUAUUUAUAUAUACAUCUAACUGUGGUAAGGUACUUUUUUAAAGGUUUUUUUCUAAAGUCUGUGGAGCAAUGUUAUUGGCCUGCAGAAUGUAACCUGAAGUAAAAGUGUUAUCAUUUGGAUUCUUUGCACUUUGUUUCUGAAAUAAUUCAGUAUCUGUGUUGCUCUGUUAUUUAAGACUUGAAUAAAGUCCUCUUCCAGUAGUGCGUACGUGCACUGCAAAUUUACUUUUAACAUUGCUGCUACUUGCAUCAAAUUUAGCACAUGCAUUAGUGUGCAGUAUUUCAUUUUUCAUUAUCAUGAAAAUUAAUAUUGUUACAGGAACGUUUGAGACUUGUAAAUAUUUUGCAAUUAAGCUCUUUUACAGGAGGUUAUUCAGCUUCUAUAUUGCUGGGACUUAAAUUUGAUUAAUUUUUUUGAGUUUUAAGUUGCAGUUAACAUAUACUUUUCUGUCAUUUAAAUUGUGUAGUAUAAAACUACUCUUAAAAAUGUUCCCAUUGACCUUUUAAUGUACUAAUUAAGAUUCAGUAAUUUGUUUCUAAAGUGUUAGCUGUCUCAUGAAUCUUGAAAUGCUUGCAAUUUUCAGAAGCCAUAUCAAAUAUUUGAGUUGUGUUAUUUUGGUGAGGAUACUUUUAUAUUCUUGCUGAUGUAUGGAAGUUAACUGCUGUAUGUAUAUUUUUGUACUUUGGCAAAUAAAGUGACCUUAAACCAUGAA